AUGCUGCCCAGCGCCGUCGGCCUGGACAUAGCGAUAACGCACCAGAAGAUCAGCAGCACGCAGGGCGGGUUCGCAGGCGUGCUCGACGACGGUGACUGGUUUGGACACUCCGUCGCCUUCAUCAGCGAUCUUGAUGGAGACGGAGUGUCCGACCUCGCGGUGGGGGCGAUCUUCGAUGACGAUGGCGGCCCAGACCGCGGCGCGGUGUACAUCCUCUUCCUGAACACCGACGGCACCGUCAAGUCGCACACGAAGAUCAGCGACACGCAGGGCGGCUUCACGGGCGGGCUCCCAUGGGAACGGCGCUCUCGGCAGAGCUUUCGUGGUGGGGAAACGGGGCAGCUCACGGCGGUCACGCUGUGCGCACCUUGA